AAAGUUAACGUCUAACGCCUAUCUUAAGGUACAGAUCUUCCCCAGGGAAAAGCUUCAACCGUUAUGCUAUAGUGAAGCUUAACUACACCAUACAACCGUUUGCUGUCCCGCUUGGUUGCGUUCGGGCGCAUUCCCGUCCCGUCGAGUCACAAUGAGCCGUGCGGCGGUGAGGCAGCUCAACCUGCUUCGCAAUGCUGCUGGCGUGGCAUCUCGACGAUUGGCAAGCAUACGGUCAAUUAAUAUCGUCGGGACGACACCUCGCAUUUGGAGACGAGCAGUGUUAAAUUCACCAUACUCACUACAAACGCGACGUCUGAGUACAGCACCGUCUACCUCUGACAGCAACGAAGAUGCGCAGUCCGGAACAUACAGUGAAGCCGAUCAUGAACAUGCUGUUAUCUCGACCUUCGAUUUAUUCUCUAUUGGCAUUGGCCCCUCAUCAUCCCAUACGGUGGGGCCUAUGCGUGCCGGUGGUAUCUUCGUAGCCGACUUGGUGGAAGCCGGCUUGCUUGAUAAAGUGCAUAAAAUUCGCAUCUCAAUCUAUGGAAGUCUUGCGCUCACGGGCGAGGGCCAUAUGACACCCUCUGCGCUAUUGCUGGGCCUCGAAAGUGCGGAUGUGGAAUCAGUUGACACAUCCUACGUCCCUAUCCGCUUCGCGCAGAUCAAAGAGGACAAAAAAUUAUUCUUAGGCCACGGACUUCCGGAGGGUAAAGGUAGGGAAAUCGACUUCGACUAUGAUCGGGAUUUUAAAUGGGAAUGGGGUAAAAAGCUACCCCUGCACAGUAAUGGAAUGCGCUUUAUGGUAUUCGAUGACCAAGGCAUGAUGUUAGCGACCAACGACUUUUUCAGCGUGGGUGGAGGUUUCGUUGUUAAUGGUGCGCUGUCAACUGCUGCUACAGCUGCGGCGUCGAAGAAAGCUACGGAAAACGCCUUAGCCGAUACGAAAGAACUGCAGACGGAAGGGAGUGGAGGGCACCCACUUGAUCUGGCUGAGAACUUGUUUUACAAGGAAAUUAGACGAGCGGAUGCGGCAGGAGACCGAAGAACCGGUUCUGAGAUCAAGCCCCUUGAUGACGAACCUGCUGAUGUGUCGACGGCUCUACUCGAAACCAAUUCACAAACUUCGAGCAGACCGCCUGUCACAUCCUCGGUAUCCGAUACUGAUGCCGGUGGGACCGACACGGCUUCUCAACAGCCUCGAUAUGCGUUUCGCGACGCCCGUAAUCUGCUGGCUCUGUGCAAUAAGCAUAACUUAACUAUUGCCCAGCUAGUGUAUGAGAACGAGAAGGGCCAUGGAUACACAGACGACGAGAUUUAUAAGAGGGUGAUGCGUAUCUGGGAAGUCAUGGACAAUAGCAUUCUCGAAGGUGUUCAAGCGCCCCUUGAUACGACAUUACCGGGUUCGCUCAAGCUGCAUAGAAGGGCGCCAGCUUUAUAUAAACGGCUAACGAGGGGUCUUUACCCAUCGCAUACGCAGACUCCCGCCGCAGCACAUGCACAAGCGCAGCUAUCCGCUCCAGAUAGUAAAAUUGGUGGGGCGUUAUCUCCAGGCAGAGGAGUGGCCGAAUUACCGAAAUCGGAGACGACGGCACUGAGUCGCAGAGGUACGAGGGGCAAACGCGGUCCUCCCCGUGUACACGGCUCGAUAUACCACCCUAUCAUGCCGUCCCCUCCACGCCGCACCACAUUCCCAGCAAUGGACUACCUUACAGUCUACGCUAUCGCCGUAAACGAAACAAACGCAGCCGGCGGGCGAAUCGUAACCGCGCCAACUAACGGCGCAGCCGGCAUCAUCCCUGCCGUAUUAAAAUACACAGUCGAAUUCAUUAGCGACGAUCCCGAACGCGAUAUUCUCACUUUCCUCCUAACCGCCGCAGCAAUCGGUAUGCUCUACAAGCGCGGGGCCACCAUCAGCGCCGCGGAAGGAGGGUGCAUGGCCGAAGUCGGCGUCGCGUGUUCCAUGGCCGCGGGCGCUUUCGCCGCAUGCAUGGGCGCGACUCCCGAGACCAUCGAGCAAGCCGCGGAAAUCGGCAUUGAGCAUAAUUUAGGUCUAACAUGCGAUCCCAUCGGUGGACUAGUGCAGGCUCCAUGUAUUGAGCGGAAUGCGCUGGGUGCUAUCAAGGCGAUUUCAAGCGCCAAUUUGGCGCUUAGUAGUGAGGCUGGCACACAGAAGGUGCGCUUGGAUGAUGCUAUUCGUGCGAUGAGACUUACGGCUCAGGGUAUGCGGAAUGAGUUUAAGGAAACUAGUUUGAGUGGGCUGGCGACUAGUGUGCCGUUGAAUAUCCCGGUUAGUGUGCCGGAUUGUUGAUUUAAAUUAUAGGAGACGGGAUAUACCCGUUCGCGAGCUUCGAGUGUUGUAUACGGGACGGGUAUGUAUUCGAAUAUAGAGCGAUGGACAUGAUUUUCACGAGAUUUUGGGUCUAUGAUGUCGAUCAUGUUUAUUAUACGAUACGAGACGAGAAAAGAAAAGCGUAAAACACAUAGAUUAGACGUUAGAUUUCAUAGAAGGCGACUUGCACC